ACAAAAUCAGCGAUAACAUACUACUAAAGUACCAAUGCAAUAUGGUAAGGUUUAAAGUGUACAAAAGUCACACCUAAAUGUUAUUUCACUCAUAUUCCGGCAGCUAAGUCAUAGGUUAUCAAAAAAGAGGGAAAAUAUGGCGAGGAUAGUGACCACUUUCGCUGCUAUUUUGACAGCCUUGGCGCAUCUUCAACUCAGCAAUUUCAAUGUGUACGCAGAUAAUAAAUUCAUGCAGGCAUAUUCCAAACUCGUCUCUGAUUUGGAGAUCAUGGUCGAUUGGAAUGAGACUCUAGAACUGCUUCCUGGCUUCGAAUGCUACGAGGAACGUCCACUAGAUCUCCCGCCUCUUGGAAAAGAACUCACAUUUCCUUGCGAGGACCUCCCUCCUUCUGAUGAGAUACCAACAUCAGCUCAUAGACUUCGUCCAGGAGACAUCAAAGCCAUUGGUGCCAUGGGCGACUCAUUAACGGCAGCAAACGGAGCUGGAGCAUGCUUUCUCCCAGAACUUCUCUAUAUGUAUAGAGGCCUAACAUUCAGCCAUGGAGGAGAUGAAAGUUUUGAAACGAACCCAACUCUUGCCAAUAUUUUGCGGAAGUACAAUCCUGACCUCAAAGGUUAUGGCGUGAAUACAGGAAUGUGGGACACUAAGGAUGCGAGCUUGAAUGUUGGUCACCCCGGAGAUAUAGCUGCCGACAUGCCUCAUCAGGCGGACUGGUUGGUGGCAAAGAUGAAGGCUGAUCCGGAGAUCGACUACGAGAAUGACUGGAAGAUCGUUACCCUCUUCAUAGGAGGCAACGAUCUCUGUGACUGGUGCAAGAACAACGAAUACUACUCCCCAGAAAACUACGUCAAGCAUAUCCAUGAAGCCCUCAUGAUUCUUCAUGAUCAGAUGCCCCGCACAAUAGUCAAUGUCAUAGGUACGAUUCGAGUUUCUGAAGUUGAGAAAUUGAGGGGCCCAAUAUGUGAUAUAUUCCAAUGGGCGUUCUGUUCAUGUGCAUUGUUUUUAACCCCCGAUGAGCGAGCCAACUUUGAUAAUCUCACCAAAGUGUAUCAAGUCAUGCUAGAAGAGUCAAUAACGAACGGGCAAUAUGACGAUAAGGAAGAUUUUACAGUUGUGUUACAGCCUUUCUUACAUGACACAGUCGUCCCCCUCACAGAGAGCGGUGAUCCUGAUUUCUCCUACUUUGCGCCAGACUGCUUCCAUCUCAGCGCCAAGGGCCACGCCCAAGGUGGUCUUGAACUUUGGAAAAACAUGAUGGAACCUGUCGGUGCAAAGGCUACCUCUUGGUCUCCAGAUAAAAUCGACCUCACUUGUCCAUCUCAGGAAUUCCAGUAUAUCUACACCAAUGUGAAUAGCAGACCUGAGUUUUGGGAACCAACACAACCUGCAACGACAAGUGCAUCAACCCGUACGAUGGAUGCUGGAGUGGUAUCCAUGAUAACGGUUGCCUUAGCAACCCUAAUUUUAGCUGCUCGUCACUGAUAUCAAUAAUUGCACGACUGUUAUAAACCAUGUUUCACAAACAUUGUAUAAAUAACAACUUACAGUAGCUGAUGUGAGCUACUUAAAUAAUCACAUUUGAUUUGACAUUGAGCAUAUCUGACAUAGGAAAAAUGUUGAUGUUAUUCAAUUACUAGACUUGGAUAAGGUUAGAACAACUAUAUUCAUUUUGACUAGAGGAUUAUCUAAGUUUUAUGGAAAUUGAACGGUGUCAGAAUACUACACUUUCCGCAUUACUAAUUUGUUCAUAAACCAGAUAACUUCUGGACUGAGUUAAAUAUAGAACGCAUAAUAGUUGGUUAUUGAGUAAGCACGAAAGGCAAAAUCAUCUGAAUGCAUCCAUCAUUCUGGGUAAUGAGAUAGAAUUCAAUUCUACAAAACAUUCUUAGAAGCUACAGUUAACACGUUUAAAGUUGUGAAAGGAGUCCUAGUUUUUAGGAAUAUGGACUUUUCCGUUAAAGAGUUAAAAAGAAAACAAAGAAACACCAUGGUUUGGUAAUAUUAUUAUUGAUAAUGCGUUGCAUAAUAACAUCCUAGAAUGGUGGCAAAACUCUUCACUUAACAAGCCAAACGUAGCCUGAUACUUCUUGCGAUAUUGAAUGAUUGUUAUUUUCAUCACUGGAAAUUGAGGCAUUACGUUUAAUAUGAAGCAUCCGGAAUACACUGAAAAAAAGUAUACGGAUAAUAUACAAUAAUGAUUGAAUAACUAGCUACGCUUAUCAGUCUAAUUCAUAAACUGAUCGUGAUGCUACUGUCUUGAUAGCAACAGUAUUAGGAUGAAGAGUAUGCUUAAUCACAAAAUCUUACAUAAAAAUGUACAUAAAUAUAAAUGUUUAUAUUUGAGUGUUUUCUAUUCAUGCAGAAUUAAACUGAAGAAGAAAAAA